GAAUUAGAUUAAAAGGAGCUACGACGUCAUUACGCUAGGGGUUGGUAAAAAGUGGAGUUUUUGCCGUGGGGAAAACUGAACAAGAGAUCCCCCACCUCUUUCCGAUUCUGUGUUUCCCUUCGCCCCCCACCACCGUAAUUUGUAUAAACUGCCAUCUCUCUCUCUCACUCUCUCUCUCUCUCUUCACAAGGCAUUGAUCCCUCCAAAGCUUUCAGAUUUCCCAGAGGUCACAGACCCAUUUUCUAUUCAUAAUGGUUGCCACGGCUUUCCGCCAUCCUGUUGGAGUCAUUCAGCUCCAUGGUUCUGUUGGUGAGACUGGCUCUGCUAGAAAUUGCAGGCAGUCAUCUUUCAGAUUUAUUUCUAAGAAGUUUGCGGUCGAUGUUGGUUUGCUUAGAAAAGAACAUUGUAGCUCUAGACAAUGUAGACUGCAUGUAAUUCGUUCAUCAUCUUCUCAAGCUUCGACAACUGAUCCAAUUUUAUCCACCUCCCACGGUGAAAGUUCUUUGAUCUUAAUUCGUCAUGGUGAAUCUUUGUGGAAUGAGAAGAAUUUGUUCACCGGUUGUGUUGAUGUGCCUUUAACCAAGAAAGGUGUUGAUGAAGCAAUAGAAGCUGGUAAGAGAAUCAGCAACAUCCCUGUAGAUAUGAUUUACACAUCUUCGCUUAUUCGUGCACAGAUGACAGCUAUGCUUGCCAUGACUCAACACCACCGCAAGAAGGUGCCAAUUGUUGUGCACAACGAGAGUAUACAGGCAAAAACAUGGAGUCAAAUUUACAGUGGGGAUACUAAAAAGCAAUCAAUUCCAGUUAUAACUGCUUGGCAAUUAAACGAAAGAAUGUAUGGUGAAUUACAGGGUCUUAAUAAGCUGGAGACAGCUGAAAGAUAUGGAAAAGAGCAAGUGCAUGAGUGGCGUCGGAGUUUUGAUAUUCCUCCCCCCAGUGGUGAGAGUUUGGAAAUGUGUUCUCAAAGAGCUGUAGCCUAUUUUAAAGAACAGAUUGAACCACAACUACAAUCUGGAAAGAACGUUCUGGUUGCUGCCCACGGAAAUUCAUUGAGGUCUAUUAUUAUGUAUCUCGAGAGAUUAACUUCUCAAGAGGUUAUUAGCUUAGAGUUAUCAACCGGAGUACCACUGCUCUAUAUUUUUAAGGAGGGAGAGUUUAUGAGGAGAGGAAGCCCAGUUGGACCUACAGAACCUGGUGUUUAUGCUUAUACUAAGACAAAUGGAGGGUGUGCAGGAGGGGAAAAAUCGGUUGCAGAAGGCAUUUCAGCAAGACAAAGGGAACAAUCAACUAAAUGGGUUUUUUUUUGAGUCUGGGACAGAUCCAGGAAGUCUGAGGGGACGACCUAUUUUUAGUUGUUCGGGCUUUUCCAGAGUUUAUUUGUAAGUUGCAGAUCUGCGGUCACUAACUAAAUGCAAGACAUUGUUGUAGUGCACAGGCCUAACGUUGAAAGACUUGAGAAAAGCAAGAAAAACACUAGAUCAUAUGUAUACCGUUGAAGCUUGAAACUUAUAUGUUCGAAUGUGGGCGUGUAGAAAGGGUAACAAAGGACAUGGUAUGGUAUUGCUGCUAUUUCUUAGUUUAAAUUACACUAAACUAUCUCAACUAUGGAUUGCACCACAAUUUCAUACCUCAUGUUUUAAACAUUGCAAUAUCAUUACGUCUCUCUCUUCUCCGACGAAACCCAACGUCUCUCGUUAUCUCAUCUUCCAAUAUAUAUCUCCUCGUGUUCCCACCGCCUCCCUCUUAAAAAAUCCAAAGUUGCCGCCGGCUUACCCGAAAUGCGCGGCCAUCCCCUGUGACCAACUCAAAGUCGCCUUCCAGGCCGUCAAGCUCUAUAUCGCCGAUCGAGUAUUUAUUCGAUCGAACAUUCCCUCAAGCAUGGAGCCGGAGCUCAGCAGUUUGACGAACCUUGAGGAAUGGCUGGGGCUCCACGGUGCCGUUUUGGAGGGAAGGCGAAAAUAUUGGGGAGAUCGACCUCCUCCCUGGGCGCUUGGAAGGUCUGUGGUUGAUGACCAUGGUAGAGAGAGACUAGUAGAGGCCGAUGAGUGCACGGCGUGGAGGGCAGGUGGUGAGUGCCGAGACAGAGUAAAAGUCGAGAUCAUGCUCUUGAAAAUGGCGGAUCCUCAUCAAAUUGAUACAGCUCUCAUAGUCUUCCUCCUCGCACACAUUGCCUGCAAUUCUCUCUCCUCACAUCGCCGAACGGAUUUCUGUGAAAUUUUAUAAUUUUUUGGCUUCUGGCUUGUGCUUUUGGUGUGGAUUUGUAAUUGAAUUUAUUGGUUUUUUUUUUGGUGUGGAUUUGUUAUGGAAUGUAUUGGUUUUGAAGGCAGAUCUGGGUUUGUAUGUAAUGUGCUCUAAAAUUUUGAUGAAUUUUGCAA